AUGGAGUCUAGAUCUCUUCACUCGAAACCGUCGGAAGAGACUCUUAUAUCGCUCCUUCAACUAGACCCGUCCCCAAUCGAGACGCCACCGGCGGACGUUGAUAAAGAUCUUCCUCCUCUGCCUGAAGAUGCCCUAGAGGAUAGCAUUGGCUCUCUCAGAUCAACCUCUUCUGCGCCCGGAUUAAGCGGCAGCGGUCACAGCGCUAUCUUCUACCGUAAGUUGCCGAAUGCGAAUGCAGCGACAGAACCUGCUACCUUCAAUUGCAAGUUGUAUUGGCUAAUGCGUACAAACCUUCUAGUAACACGGAUCCAGAAGUUCUCUUCCUACCUAGUACCAGUUUUCACAUCACUCCACGUCGUCAACACCUCGAUAAUACCACUGUUUGCGCGAUCAGUCCCAGCUUCCGAGGCAUACCUGCUACUUUCGAGGGAGAUUUACCAAACAUCUCUUACGGAGCCAAUCCUCGUAGCGUUGCCCAUCGUUGCACACAUUGCCUCUGGAUUCGCUCUCCGCCUAGUUCGCAGAUCUCAGAAUCUAAAGCGUUAUGGAGGCAACACACCUGGCAUGUACGCCUUGUAUCGAGCCCAGACCGGCAAAACAUCACGAACCUUGACCUACAAUAGCGUCAACUCCGCUAGCAGGAUAUGGCCGUCCGUCAGCUACAUAUCUAUCUCCGGCUACGUUUUCACGGUUCUUCUCGCUGCUCACGCAGGCAUUAAUCGGAUCCUUCCCCUUCAAGUUGACGGCGAUAGCUCGAACAUUGGCUUGGGCUUCGUUUCGCAUGGGUUUGCUCGACAUCCCAUCAUCUCGUGGAUUGCAUACACCGGUCUUCUCGCAAUAGGCUGCGGACAUAUGAUUUGGGGCGCAGCAAAAUGGCUGGGCCUGGCGCCAACGGCUAUGGGGUGGAGUGGUAGUGGACACAAUGUGAUAGACAAAAAGGUACGACGGCGGAAAAGAAGAGCGUGGUGGGCGCUUCACGGCGCCGCUGUGGCUGCGGCCGGCAUCUGGGCUGCCGGCGGACUGGGAAUAGUGGCAAGAGGUGGCCCUACGGACGGAUGGAUUGGGAAGAUUUAUGAUGAUAUUUACAGCAAGAUUCCACUUUUGUAA